UCACUAAUGAAGGUAUUCUGAAACACGUGCGAUCGCUGCACGAGUAAUAAUACAAAUAACAGUAUGGACAGCCGGUUUUAUGCACUUAAUAUUCGAAGGUUUCAGCAGCGGGCGCAAGUAGAGACGCCCGACACAAUCUAUUGGGAGCGGUUAGAGAAACCCGAGUUCCUGAAGGAGUGCAAUACGAUAGACUAUUUGGAUUUCAGCCCCACGGAGCCGGAUAACUUUGUUGUGACGUGCUCGGUGCGCGUCCAAAUCUACAAUUUGGUCACCAAGCUGGUGGUUAAGAACCUAUCGAGGUUUCAGAAGUCCGCGUAUGGGGCGACGUUUCGUCAGGAUGGUCGGCUAUUGGCGGCCGGUGACGAAGAGGGCCAUGUGAAGCUCUUCGACACGACCAGCCGGAACAUCCUGCGCAUCUUCAAGGGCCACAAGGCGCCUGUCCAUCGAACCUUCUUCACCAACGACAAAUUGCAGCUGACCAGCUUCUGCGACGACAAGUCGGUGCGGCUGUGGGACGUGUCCAACGAGAAGGUGGUGCAGACCUACAACGAUGCCCACACGGACUACAUCCGCGCCGGUGCCAUGCAUCCGGUGGCGGGCAACAUGUUCGUCUCCGGCGGCUACGAUGGAAAAAUCAAUCUGUACGACACGAGGGCAGAGAACGCGAUUCAGCGGACAUUGGACCACGGCAGUCCGGUGGAGUCGCUGCUCUUCAUGCCCAAUGGUUCCAUCUUCAUCAGCGCUGGCGGCAAUCAGGUGCGCGUCUGGGAUCUCAUCAGCGGCUGCCGCCUGCUCACAAUGAUGUCGCAGCACCACAAGACGGUCACCUGUCUGCGGCUGGGCACUGACGGGCGACGUCUGUUCUCCGGCGGUCUGGAUCGGCAUGUUAAGAUCUACGACACCACCACCUACAAGACUGUGCACACGCUGACCUAUCCCAAUGCCGUGGUGAGUCUGGCCGUGGCCGGCGCAGAUCAGGCUGUGGUUGCUGGCAUGGUGGAUGGUCUCAUCUCGAUCAAGCGCAUGAUUGUCGAGAACAAGCCGAGCAACCUCAACCAGAUACGGGUGCACCAUGCAUCCAAGGAGAAGAAAAAGAAGCUCGUGAAGAAGCUGAUUAAGCCGAACACAUCGCAAGUGGUGGAUCACACCAUCAAGGACAGAUUCAAGGCCACGAAACUGCAAUCCUUUGACGUUCAUCUGCGCAAGUUCAACUUCAAGAGGGCCCUGGAUGAGGUGCUACUGCCGCGACAAGUGGAAAAGCAUCCAGAGAACACGGUGGCCGUCAUCACAGAGCUGCUGCAACGCCGCGCCCUGGACAAGGCACUCUCCGAACGGCCCGACUCCGUUCUUAUUCAGUUUAUCGACUUCCUUUGCACACACCUGGGCGAAGUUCGUUUCAUGCGUCCGCUCUUGAAUGCCGCCAAUACCAUUCUCAAUGUCUUCGACGCCAGUUCCACAUCGUACGGUGUAAAAGUUUUGGAAGCGCUGCAACGCUUGUCGGACACUGUUCAGGCGGAAAUCGCGCUCACCGUCGAGAUGUUACAGCUGAAGGGCGCUAUGGACACGAUCAUUGGCGUCUCUCUGAACGACAGCGACAAGCCCAAGGUGCGCACAGUCGCAGCAAAGGGAGCGAGAAUGCAGCCGUCCAAGCGGGCGGAAAAAUAUGUGAUCUAUGUUGAUUGACAGCGGGAAUGAAGGUAGAGAAAUUAGUCUUUAAGUGAAAAGUAAAUAUGAUCAGCUCCUCCCUAGCCGAGCCAGUUAAGAAUAUAU